AUGAUUGUUAAUGGUAUUGCUGGUCGAUGUUAUUUAUGUUCACAAAAUACACUUGCUGAAUGUGCUGGUAGUAAUCAAUCUGAUUCAUCUAUUUACACAACUGUUCUUCAAUAUUAUACUGAACCAUGUAAUGGUCAAUGUGUAUUAUUUCGAAAUGAAGAUCGUUCAAUUAUACGUGGAUGUUCAUGGACAUAUGGACAUAUGACACCUAAAUCAACUGGAUGGCAUGAAAUAAGUCCAGGUGUAAAAGCUUAUUUUUGUGAUUCUCAUCUAUGUAAUAAUGGAACUUAUGAACAACCGGAAAAAUCCAUGAUGAACACAGGAAUGAUAAAUAAUCAAUUUAUUUUAUCAUCGCAAGAAUUAUUUCUAGUAGCAGAAAAUAAUCCUUCAUUUAUAUCGAAAGGACAAUAUUUGUCUCGUCAAUUACAUCAAUGUUAUUCAUGUACUGCGCGUUUUCAAGGUUGUGGUGAAAUUUUAGAUCCACAUUAUGCAUCAAAUUAUAUUCGUCCAUGUCCAUCGAGUUGUAUUAUUUUUCGAAAUCCUAACGAUCUUAAUUUAAUAACACGAGAUUGUUCAAUACUUUGGCCGCAAGCACAUGCUAAAAAUGGUCUUCAUAAAUUACUUGGUUCAGAUGCAUUCUUCUGUCAAGAAUCUUUAUGCAAUGGGAUUAACUUUGAUUUCAUCAUGGGUUGGUAUAAAGUUUUAAAAUUGCUAUAA